AAGUGGCGAUAGCCAAACAAAGGGAUCGCUCAUUUCAAUAUGUAUACAGUUCACUGAUAGAAUCAAAUACACAUUUGUUGAUAUUUAGUAAUCGUAUAAAUAUUUUUCUCCAUUUAUAAUAUAGAAAUAACGCAAAUAUUUAGGAAUUAGGUUCAGGAUGAUAUGAGAUGUUAGAUUGGAAAGAUUGGAUCGGAAUAAAAUAUAUUUUUGUAUUCUUUCCACGUAACUUUGAGUGCAAAUCACUCAAUAUACGUAUGCACAUACGUAUGUGGCUACACGAGAAUGUCUAUUGUGCUAUCGUCAGAUGAUUUCUCUUUUAAGAAACUAACUUGAAUCUCGUGAGAAACUUGAACAACUCAGUCUCGAGUUUUGAGGAAUCAAGACUUCGUUUUUGAAACAUGUGGAAACCCUUUGAGGCUGGCAGUUCACCAGUGGACUGGUGUGAAGGCAAUUACAGUAUUUCACCCAGCAUCGCUGAAUUUAUGAAUACAUUCAGUAAUGUGGUCUUCCUGUUACUUCCACCUGUGCUCAUGCACUUAUUUAGAGAUUAUGGUCGCUUUGUAAAUCCUGGGAUUCAUAUAAUUUGGUUCUUAUUGAUGAUAGUGGGACUCAGUAGCGCAUAUUUUCAUGCUACUUUGUCCUUGAUUGGACAACUCUUGGAUGAAUUAGCUAUUUUAUGGGUAUACAUGGCAGGCUUUUGCAUGUUCUUUCCAAGAAGAUAUUUUCCAAAUAUCUUUCGCAAUGAUAGAAAGCUCUUCUCUAUAUGCGCAAUAUUACCGACUUUGAUCGCUACUGGCUUAGGCAUAAUACAUCCAGCUGUAAAUGCUUUCGCAUUGAUGAGCUUGGGUAUACCGGCGUUCGGAUUUCUGAUCAUAGAACUGAAGAGGACUACAUCGAUGAGAGUAUAUAGACUGGGAUUGCGAUGCAGCGCCAUGUGGAUACUAUCGGUAACUUGUUGGUUAAACGAUCGUUUGUUCUGUGAUACAUGGCUAAAUCUUAAUUUUCCUUAUCUUCACGCGCUAUGGCAUCUAUUUAUCUUUAUUGCAAGUUACACCGCGGCGGUGCUUUUUGCAUAUUUUGCCGUACAAGAUGAAAAGCCGCAACAAUUGCCAGUACUUAAAUACUGGCCCAGAGAUGAUUUCGAACUCGGUAUACCAUACGUGACUAUUCGAAGUUAUAUGAAAAUAAACUAUGAUUCGAACAUAUAACUCUUCUUGCAACCACUUUGAGAUGUCUAAGACUAUAAUGCAUUAUUAUUGUAAUAAGUGUUUGGGUUUCAUGCAAUAUUUAAGUACACAUAUAUGUGUGGUUCUGCAACUUAUAUAAAUGUUUAUUUUUGAAAAAUACAUUGCAUCUCUUUCGUUUUAUAGAAUCAAAGUGGGAAUGAAGCUAAGGAUUAAAUUUUACAUUAUAAGAAAAUGAAAAAAUAAACGUGUACAAACAAUUAUUACAAGUGACAUUAAACACUUAAUAAAAAAGAGUUUAGUAAUAAUGUUAUAAUAUACUAAAAUAGCAUAUGACAUUUAAUUUGAAAUGAAUUUAUAUAAUGUAGAAUUAAAGUUAUUUACUACAUUAUACAGUACUCUAGAUCUGUUUCUUAUUUAUUUAUAUUAAAAUUAUUCAUAUUAAAUGAGUGCAAAUAUUAUCAAAAAUUAAUAAGCAAAUUAUUUUUUUUUUGUAAUAGUCUAAUGAAUAUUUUUAUUUGGAAAUUAAUUUCUUCUUUUAGUGAUAUUAGAUAGUAAGCUAUAUUUCUCUCUUAUAAAAACCUAAAACAGAUUUUAUAGAAAAUUUAUAAAGUAUGACACACAUUUAGAUACUUUAUAACAAAAUUUUUGUCUUAAAUUAUAAAUAAUGUUGUUAUUUCUCCGUAAUUGUUGACAUUAUACACAAACAAAAAAUUCCCUCAUGCACACGAAUAAUUUUAGAAAAUUGGUUUAAUAUUUAUGAUUAUGUAUAUUAGCAAAUUAAAAAUAAUUUAUAGGAUGAUUAUGUAUUGUGAUAUGUGUACUCUUGUUAACUUUUUUACAAAAGACUAUUUUUAUAUGUUUUCUAAUCAUUACUUAAAAACGCAAUGCGCAAUUUAUAUUUUAAAUAUCUAUAUGUAAACAUAUAGUAUAAGUAUAUUUAACUUAUAUGUAUAUGUAUGUGUGUUAAAAUUCCUGAGUGUACAUGUUCUAUGUGAUGCGCGCGCGCGUGCAUGUAUACACACAUACAUAUAAAUAAUAUACUCAGGAUUUCAUAGUUAUCUACAAUUUGAGACUGUAUCUACAUAUGUGCAAUAAUAAAAAGAUA